AUGAGUAUCAUAGAAGAAAGACACGUUUCAGUUGUGGGUUUGUUCACCUGUACAUUAUAGGUGCAAAAACUAUUUUCUUCUUAGCUCCACCCUCAUGAGAGACAGGUAUUUCAGGAGGGAAUACGUGAAGCAUUAAGGUCAUUCCCAAACUCACCAGAAUGGCUACUAAAAACAUUGGUCACAGUUUGGCUAAAGGUCCAUUUAUGCAUCACAUUAAAAAGACAUUUAUUCUGCUGCUCUCUUUAGCAUUUUUAUUGUCUGCUGUUGUUUAUGUCUCUGAUUUCUCUUUUGAGACAUCUACGUUCACGAAAACCUGGUUGACUAAAGUCACGAAUUGGACUCAUUAUAAGGUAAUUAACAGCACUUUGGCUGAUCAUACUGAAAAGGAUUUAUUAUUUUCACUUUUGCCUAAUCAUCAAAUCCAACGAAGAGAUACAACUGUUGCACAAACCACAGAUGUUCCUAUCUAUCAUCAUGUGGCUCACCCACGCAACUAUCAUUUCAUUCUGGAUGAACCUGAUAAAUGUAGUCAAUGGGAUCCAUUCCUGGUCUUGAUGGUCCCUGUGGCUCCCCGUCAGGUAGAUGCUCGUAACGCCAUCCGGAGCACAUGGGGGAAUGAGAGCUCAGUCCAGGGAAAAGCAGUGCUGACUCUGUUCUUUGUGGGUUUGACUGGAGGACCUGAAGCUCAACAGCAGCUGGAGGAAGAGAGCCGACAACACAGAGAUUUAGUGCAGAGCAACUUUGUAGACUCCUACUUUAAUCUGACAAUAAAGACAAUGGUGAUCAUGGACUGGUUGGCCACCCAUUGCCUUCAAGCAUCAUAUGCUAUGAAGGUUGAUUCUGACAUGUACAUAGGCCUGGAGAACCUGAUGAGCCUUCUAUUGGCACCCAACACACCCAGACAGAACUACAUUACAGGCUAUAUGAUGUGGGACCGGCCUGUCAUCAGAAACAAAAACUCAAAAUGGUACGUGGCAGAGGAACUGUACCCUGAACCGAAAUACCCCACGUACGUGCAGGGAAUGGGAUAUGUUUUCUCCAAUGACCUGCCAGAAAAAAUAGUUGAAGCUUCCAAGAAAGUAAAGGCAUUUAACAUUGAGGACGCAUAUGUGGGCGCUUGUCUGAAACAGUUAGGCAUUGCACCCUCAUCUCCCCCAGACCCUUCACAGUUUAGAGCCUAUCUGGGACAAUAUAAGCGAGAGGAUUUUCUUAGAGUUAUUACAACAAUCCUGGGAUCCCCGCAGCAGCUAAUAGACAUUUGGAAGGAUGUAAAGAGGCCCACAUAAAAGCACAAAGAAAUGAAAAGGAGAAACAGAUUUCUGCUUUAAAAGACUGGAAACAUGGUAAACAAGUAGUGGUGGAAAUUUUGAUUCUUUCAAGAGAUUAUUUUUUUUUUUUUCAGUUUGUUCACCAAAAUGAUUCGUUCAGAUUUGUUCAGUGACCAUUUCUUCAUAUUACAUAAAUACGCCAGCAGGUGGUGAAAAAGAGUGUCUUAUGUGUUAUGUCUUAAAGGGAUACUCCAUCCCAUUAAAGCUUCAUUCAUCUUCGGUACACAAUUUAAGUUAGUUUGGAUGAAAACCGGGAGGCUUGAGACUGUCCCAUAGACAGUCCGCCACAAGGAUACGUUUAUUGCGUGUAUUUACACUUUGGUUUAAAAGAAAACAGCACAUUGACACAGCGCGGCUGACAUAGAAGAGCGUAAGCUGCCUGCAUACUGCUCAGAUCUGUCAAAAUGGCGCUACGCUGAUUUGGAGAGACAGA